AUGGCGGCGCGGGGUGUAAAAUUUAACAUUGCAAAUUUACCACGAUUUACGAGAGUAAAUCAUCAGCUUUUCUUCAGAAGAACUGCUCAUAACCUAUCUGGGGAUAGUCUCAAAUAUUGCCAACUUGAAAAAAGGAGUUUAAUUCGCGUCCAUGGUGCAGACUCUGUAAGACUUCUUCAAGGACUUGUGACUAAUAGUGUGGAACUUUUCCACCAAGACGGCUCUCUCAAAACAAUGUACAGUAUGUUCUUGAACGCCCAGGGGCGAGUUCUAUACGAUGCAAUGCUAUACAAGGAUAAAACAAACUCUGGGAACCCGUGUUUUCUCGUGGAAUGUGACAAAAAUACCCUUCCCGGCUUGUUGAAGUUGAUGACAUUCUACAAACUUCGCUCAAAAGUUGACAUUUCUCGCGUAGCAGAUAUUGUACCUUGGGUAAUAUUUAAUGAAAAGUCUUCAGAUACUACUAAUUUAGACGUAAAAAUGGAUUCUAAUUUGAUAAGUUUUGGACGAGACCCGAGAAUAAAGGAGCUAGGUUGGAGGUUACUGCUGACAGGGGGGUGCAAGCCUUCAGACUUGUUGGAUGGUAUUCAUGGGGUCAAUGAGAGCAGCUAUGAUAUCUACAGAGUUAAGCUGGGUGUCUGUGAAGGAGCUAGCGAAAUACAGCCAGGAACAGCUCUUCCUCUUGAGUAUAACUUGGAUUACAUCAAUGGAGUGUCAUUUCAAAAAGGCUGUUACAUUGGACAAGAGCUAACAGCGAGAACUCACCAUACAGGAGUGAUAAGAAAACGAGUCAUGCCUUUCAAGUUUGCUCCAGUAGAAGAAGUUAUCAAGCUAGAACAAGACAUGGCUAUUAAGACAUCAUCUGGUAAGACAUCAGGGAAGCUGUGUGUAGUGUAUAAAGGGUGUGGCUUGGCAGUAAUGAGGAUUGCAAUGCUCAAUAAUAACAAGCAUUAUGUUAAAGACAAUGAGGGCAAUGAUGUAGAGAUUCACCCUUAUGUUCCAAAAUGGUGGCCAGAGUGACCAGAACACAGRUCCUUAAAAAAAUUGUAGUGUUUGCAUCAUUCUUUCUGUUCAGGUGCUUCCACUCUUGAUUCAAUAGCCCUUUCAUUUUUGCUUUGCAUGUCAGACAAAAAUGCCAGAAACUCUGUAAAACCCUAGAAUUUCAAAAGCUGCCAUUGGCUAUUUAGCCCUUGCAAUAAAGAAUGACAAUCUUU